CUCUCAUAUAUCAUAUUCUUUCUGGACACUGCAUAUUUCAUUACACUCACAACGAAUUUUCUUUUUUUUUUUCUUGUGCUAAUCUGUUCGGAUCAAUAUUAUUAGCCAUGAAGAGACAAAGAAACAAUGAAGGGUCAGAGAACUCAGGUUUGGAAAAUUGUCUGAUGUUGCUCUCUUGUCCACAAGAAAACAAGAAGGCACAACAGAAAAGUUUUGGGCAUGUAGAAUUUGAGUGCAAGACCUGCAACCGCAAGUUCUCGUCCUUUCAAGCCCUUGGUGGCCACAGGGCUAGCCACAAGAGGGUGAAACUUGACGGGGAAGAACUCAAAGCACAAGCCAAAUCUCUGAGCUUGUGGAAUAAACCCAAAAUGCACGAGUGCUCUAUUUGUGGCCUGGAAUUCUCACUGGGCCAGGCACUGGGAGGCCACAUGAGAAAGCACAGAGCUGCCAUGAACGAAGGGUUUCCUUCUAUCAACCAAGUCAUUGCAAAAACCCCAGUUCUGAAAAGAUCGAGUAGUACGAGGAUUAUGUGCUUGGACUUAAACUUCACGCCUCUGGAGAAUGACUUACUGUUCGGAAAAAAGUCAACACCAGUUCCUCUUUCUUUGUUCUGAUCAACUUUACAUUUUUACUCUUUCUUGUCACAUGUAUUCUUUCCAUUUUUUUA